AUGACUGCAGAAAAGCGUAUACCGUUACAUGACUUGCGUGAGAUUACAAAUGGAUUCUCAGUGGACGCAAGAAUAGGACAGGGUGGAUAUGGAGAUGUUUACAAGGGGGUUUACAAUGGGAGAGAGGUUGCUGUGAAGUUGCUUCAUGUUGAUACGGUACAUGGAAUUGAUGACCUACAAUAUCUCAAUGAAGUUGGUAACCUUUUGAGGGUUAAGCAUCCAAAUAUUAUACAGUUGCUUGGUUACAGUUAUGAAACAACUUCUGAAUUGGUUGAACACAAGGGUAAGCAAGGUUUUAGUAAACACAUAUAUAGAGUCCUCUGCUUCGAGUACUUGCAGGGUGGAAGCCUAGACGUUCGUCUUCGUGAAAAAUCUCUUGCACCUGACUGGAGCACACGUUACAUGAUUAUAAAGGGCAUUUGUGAAGGAUUAGAUUUCCUUCACAGGUGUGAACCACCAAUCUUUCAUCUUGAUCUAAAGCCUGCCAAUAUAUUACUAGACAGUUCCAUGGCGCCUAAACUGGCGGAUUUUGGUUUGUCAAGGCUCUUCGGUGGAUCACACACUCAAGUCACAAAACAAAUCAGAGGAACCCAGGCAUAUAUGCCACCAGAAUUCAUAAAAGACGGCUAUAUUUCACAUAAGAAUGAUGUCUUCAGUUUAGGUCUUGUGAUGGUAGAGAUAAUGAAAGGGUCUCCGGGUUACUCCGGUUAUAUAGAAACAGACGAAGUCGCGCAAUUUACGCAAAAGGUGCUUGGCAAUUGGACGAAUAGGAUAAAGGCUACUUCGGAGUACCCAUUAGAGGAAUCACAUCAAGUGCAGAUAUGCAUCGACACAGCAAUGCGUUGUAUGGAACCUGACAGAAACAGUCGACCUAAUAUAGCAGAAGUCUUGGAUAUUCUAAGCAAGACAGAAACUCAUAUUCCCAAGAGACAGAUAUCAGAUGUGCUCCCGUGUCCAACAAUUGGUCUCAAGAGCGAGUCUAAUAUGUUGGAGAUGAUGGUAGCUGAACUGAACAAUAAUGAACACGGAGAUUGCAAUUUGAUGCCAACAGAUAACUCUAACCGUACUGUGCAGCAACUUGCUGACAGGGAAACAUCAUCAGAUGUUGAAGAAGUAAUCAUCGGAAGGACUGAGGAAAAACAGAAAAUAUUGUCUAUUUUAUCGGAGAGCAUCACAGAAGAAUUGGUCAUCCUUCCAAUAUAUGGCAUUGGAGGCGUUGGCAAGACAACCUUGGCACAAUUGGUAUUCAAUGACCCAAAGUUCCAAGACUACACUCGGGUUUGGGUAUAUGUUUCCCAGGAAUUCAACUUGAACAAGAUUGGCAACUCCAUAAUAACACAGUUAACAAACAAGAUCAGCAAUAUACCUACCAAACAGAUGCUUCAUAAACGCCUUAAAGAGCUAUUUGAUGGUAAGAGCAUCCUUAUUGUUCUAGAUGACCUAUGGGAGGAGAACCCAAAAGAGUUAGAUAAACUGAAGGUUAUGCUAGGGCUUGGCCUAGGAAGCAAGGUGAUUAUAGCAACUACACGUGAUGGAGGCCUUGCAAGGAAAUUUUGUAGUCCUGCAGUUAAGCCAUACAAGCUGGAGACUUUGACGGUUGAUGAGUGCUGGACUAUAAUAAAACAAAAGGCUGACCUUGAAGACCGAGUCGACCAAGAACAAUUGGAGCAUAUAGGAAGGGAGAUUGCGAUCAAGUGUGGAGGAGUGGCCUUAGCGGCUCAAUCACUUGGAUACAUGUUGAACGGCAUGAGGUCAGAUGAAUGGGAGUCAGUGAGAGACAGUCAUAUUUGGAAUCUAUCUACUUCUGAGGGCCAUGAAGUUCUUGCGUCUUUGCAGCUAAGCUAUAGCCACAUGUCUGCUUGGUUGAAGUUGUGUUUUUCCUAUUGUGCAAUCUUUCGAAAAGGUCAAAUAAUAGCCAAGUAUGAUCUCGUUCACCAAUGGAUUGCUCUUGGAUUCAUCAAGCAGACUAGGAUAUUUGAUUCUAUGCAGCUCUGUGAGAAUUAUGUCACUCAACUUUUGGGGAUGUCCUUCCUUCAAUAUACAAAUACACCUUGGAUUGAUACAAAACGAAACAAAUAUGUUACAUACUUGACAAUGCAUGACCUAGUGCAUGAUCUCGCAAGAGAGAUUUUGGCCCAUCAACUUAACACUGAGGGAAACAAAUGCCGCUAUGCAUUGCUCACAGAUUGUAGCAAGUCAUUGCAGUUGUCUUUUCCUGCAAAUCUAUGGGCUUUGCACUUUAGGGACUGUGACGAACAAGAACUUCGUGAUUGUGCAUUUUCGUCAACUAGGUGCCUCCGUGUCUUGGAUUUAAAUGAAUGCUUUAUUAAGAAGUUACCUGAUUGUAUUGGUCAACUAAGGCAGUUGAGAUUUCUUCGUGCUCCACGAAUCCGAUAUGAAACAAUUCCCAAUUGUAUCACUGAACUCUCACAGUUAAAUUACCUGAACCUUAGAGGCUCUGAUAAAAUCACAGCAUUGCCAGAGUCAAUUGGUGAUAUGAAAGCUAUGAUGCAUCUUGAUUUAUCAGGCUGUGUUGAAAUACGUGAACUCCCAAUAUCAUUCGCAGAGCUCAAGCAGCUGGUUCAUCUGGAUUUAUCACGCUGCAGUGUGUCUGAUGCAGAAGCUUUGGGUGGCUGUACCAAACUUCAGUAUCUGAAUUUAUCAGGUAACAUGGAAAUUAUAGGAAGCCUGCCAAAGGUCAUUAGCAAUCUAAUCAAACUCAGGUAUUUAAAUCUAUCGGGGUGCAUGAAAGCCAUGGUGCCGGAAUCAGAAAAAGAAAUUGCUAGAUUGCUUGACUCUAUCUGUACAAUUUCUAAUCUAGAGCAUCUAGACUUGUCUAAGAAUCAAGUGUAUUUCAGUAUACCAGAAAGUGUUGGCAACCUCAUGAAGCUUCAUACACUGGACCUCUUAGGCUGCUUCAGAUUGAAGAUUCCUGCAGACUUUGUGGUGCAUGCUUCAAGUGAUAAAUGUAGCAUCAACAUCUUAUAUCUUGAAGUGCUGACGAUAUAUAGACUUGAAAAGGUGAAGUCUGCAGAAGAGGCACAGAGUAUUAAAGAGCUAACAUUUCAAUGGACUUCAGCUACACAACAGGAACAGGGUUUAAUGCUGAUCUACAAUCAAACUAGUGGCACCAAGGAGACACUGCACAGAGUUGAAGAGCUAACAUUUCAAUGGACCCUAGGUGCUGAGAGGUUUGUGGAUGACAAGGAGGUAUUGGAAAAACUACUGCCACCAAGCAGUGUGCAGAGAUUGUAUAUAAGUGGUUAUAGCAGUUUCAGCAUUCCUGAUUGGCUUAUGUGUAUCAGGCAGUAUCUCCCUAAUCUUUCUCAGUUAUAUCUUUCUGAUUUUCCUAAUUGCAAUAACCUACCAUCACUUGGUCAGCUAUCAUACCUACGAGAGCUGGGUUUCUGCCGCAUGGAGAGUUUGGAAGAGUGGAACACGGCAUAUACCAGGGGCAAGCCUGUGCUUGACGCGUUGACCAUAGAUCAAUGUGCCAAGUUGAUGAUAAAACCAUGUGCACCAAGAGCUACGGUUUUGCGGAUAAUAGAUUCUGAUAAUGUGCUAUCAUCAUGGGAAGAGAGCUCGUCACACCGUGGUGCUUCCUCUUCUCCAAUAACAAAAUUGUUUGUCAAAAACAGCAAGGUGCCCUUGCAUCAGUGGAGGUUACUUCACCAACUCCCUGCCCUCCGUAGUUUAACUAUCACCGGUUGCAGUGAUCUGACCACCUCACCUAAGAUCAUCCAACAGCUAUCCUCCCUGGUAUCAUUGUCCUUCGACCAGGCGGAAUUGCCGAGAUGGUUAGCUGAACUGACAUCUCUUCAGGACCUAAGGCUGUCUGAGUGCAGAGGCAUGACAUCACUACCUCAGUGGUUAGGAAAACUUACCUUUCUCAAGGAAUUGCAUAUCAUGGGCUGUGAGGGGAUCAGGUCUUUGCCGAACAGCAUACAACAACUGACCAAGCUUGAAAAUCUAGUCAUCCGUGACUGCCCUACACUAGUGAAAUGGUGUGAAUCAGAGGAGAACAAGAUGAAGCUUGUUCACAUCAGAGGGAUCGUCCCAAGAUCAUUAAUGACACAGGAAGAGGACACUCCAAAGAUCAUUCGAGCAGCUCCCAUUCAUGGUACUAUUGUGAUGGAUGAGGUGGAUCCAGAUGUGCUGUAUAGUGCUGUGAUGAACAUGCCUGGCUUUGCUGAGGAAUCUUUAUUAGUUGCCCUGUCUCAGUUGAUGGACAACACUGCCCAGGGCUCCGCAUAUAUGGCCAUGAGCGAGGAGGACCGGGUAUCAUGGCUCAUUAACUUCCUGAAAAAGUACUAG